AUGGCUUGCCCGAUUACCAUUACCAAGUUCGUAGGGACCAUAUCCCUAGGCCUUCUAACUGGCACUUCAUAUACUCUCAUCAACAUUUUGCCGUCGCUCGCGUUGUUACCCUCAGCAUCCCUAGCCGCCCGCACACUUACAACCAUUCAAACCCAAUCGACCCGUCAAAUCCUAACAUUAGCCUCCAUCUCUUCGCUGUCUCUGAUCACCGCAUACACCGUCGCCCCAGCCCGUGGUAAGCAUCCUUACCUCUUGUGGACUGCCCUCGUGAGCUUUCUCGGUGGCCAGGGUGUUGAGUACUGGUAUAACGGUCUUUCGAGGUUUCCCAGCUUGAGCACCAGCCGAUCAGGACGUCGCACCGGAGGAGCUAUUAGUGCUGGGCGGGGAGCCAGUCCCGCCACAAGUUCGGACAGUGGCUAUAUCGAAGUCGAGCCGCUUGGCCAGAGUGAAGAGCAGGUUAACGGCGAAAAGGUCGAGCUUGAAAUGUCAAGAGAGCGCAAGGUCCAGAAGGUCAGAAGCUGGAUCGCUGGUCUUGGUUUCGCCAUGGGCGUGGUUGGAAUCUGGGGCGAUGGAGUUUAA